AUGAGGAUCCAUCACCUUCUCUUUGCAUUUCUCCUGGUGCUGCUGUCUCCACUUGCAGGUGAGUUCACGAAAAAACCCAACAAUCCAGUAAGUUGCUGUAUGAUUGGAGGCAUAUGCAGGUAUCUGUACAAGGGCAAAAUUCUUCAGAAUGGCAGUUAUGGAGUUACUAGUCUCAACUGCAGCAAGAGAAAAUAG